AGUUUUACUGCUUUGGGAGUAAAAAUGGAUUGGUGGGAGGAUGCAUCCUUUUACCACCUUUAUCCAAGAUCAUUUAAGGACAGUGAUGGUGAUGGAUUUGGUGACCUUAAAGGUAUCACUGAGAAACUGGAAUAUCUGAAGGAAAUAGGUAUCACAGCUACUUGGCUGUCACCGAUCUUCAAGUCUCCAAUGCUUGACAUGGGUUAUGACAUUUCUGAUUUUUACGAUAUUGAUCCUCUCUUCGGGACAAUGCAAGACUUUGAUGAAAUGAUCAAGAAAGCUAAGAAACUUGGAAUUAAGAUAAUUUUAGACUUUGUGCCCAAUCACUCUAGUGAUCAAUGUGAAUGGUUCAAAAAGUCGGUAAAUCGUGAAGAUGGUUAUGAUGAUUACUAUGUUUGGGCUGAUGGCAAAGAUGAUCCAAAGAAUCCUGGAAAGAAACUUCCUCCAUCCAAUUGGGAUGCUGUUUUUGAAGGAUCGAUUUGGGAAUGGAACGAUAAACGUCAGCAGUAUUACUUGCAUCAAUUCUAUAAAGAACAGCCAGAUUUUAAUUUCAGAAAUCCAAAGGUCCAUACUCUUAUGUUGGAUGUUUUGAAGUUCUGGCUAGAUCGGGGUAUUGACGGUUUCAGGAUCGAUGCUGUUCCACAUAUGUAUGAGAAGGUUAGCGACGAUGGAACCUAUCCUGAUGAACCUUUAGCUGUUAAUCCAGGUCCGUAUACUACAAGCAAAUUAGACCACAUUUACACAAUGGAUCAGAAUGAAACUGUAGAGAUUUUGUAUGAGUGGAGAGAAUUUAUGGACAGUUACCAAAAGAAAAAUGGUGGUGAUACAAGAAUUUUAAUGGCCGAAGCAUUUUCUCCAAUCAAUAUGUUGGAUAAAUAUGUUGGCAAUGGCACUCAUCAGGGUGUUCAACUACCUUUCAAUUUUGGAAUUAAGGACUUGUCAGACCCAGCAAAUGCUCUUUCGGUACAGAAAAAAGCUGACGAAUGGAUGUCAAUUAUGUGGAAGAAUCACAAAAUGGCUAAUUGGGUGUCAAGUACUCACGAUGGACCAAGAGUUACUUUCCGAAUGGGAUAUGAGAAAAAGGAUUUGAUUCAAAUGUUGGUUGGGGCAUUUCCAGGUGCUUCUGUCAAUUAUUAUGGUGAAGAAAUUGGAAUGAGUAAUAUUAAUGACAAUUGCUCAUUUGUUGACUGUCCAUUUAGGGAAUUCCGAACUUUUGGUAGAUCACCAAUGCAAUGGAACGAUGAAGUUUCAGCAGGAUUUUCGAAUUCUUCCAAAACUUGGAUGCCAGUUCAUCGUGAUUAUAAAACUGUCAAUGUUAAAUUGCAACGAGGAGUGCCAAGGAGUUCUUUGAACAUUUACAAAGGAAUGCAGAGAUUGAGACAAACUAAAGCUUUUAAGGCAUUUAAAGAUGAUGGAGGAUUUAUUUAUGGAGCUAUUAAUGAUGAUGUAUUUUUGAUUGUUCGUUCUACCGUUGGUGAAGAAUAUCGUAUUUUGUUAAAUAUGGGCAAAAAAGUCCAAAAAGUUAGGCCAGUGGCAGUUUCAACUGAUCCGAAAGAAUAUAUUUAUGAGUAUGUCUUAUUGACAGACCAUUCUCCUCGUUACCUUGGAGAAAGUGUUGAUGUUAGGAAAAUAGUAUUGAUGCCAUAUGAGGGAGUUGUCUUGAAAAAAGUUUUUGCCAAAUAAUUGAUUUUAUUUCGUGAAGCCAAUAAAAAAAAUUGC